AUGGUCGAUGAUCCAAGUUCUAGGAAAGACAGAGCUCUGGCUGGUUUGAAGAAUGAAUUUGAUGGGCUGGGGAUUUUACAGGUAAAUCUUGGAACUUUGAAGCAAGAAAUUAAAGAUUUUUACGAGGAAAUUAUUCAUAGGCUUGAAAUUAAGAGGAUUGAUGAAUCAAUUCUACAAUUGCUAUUAAAUUCGUUUGAAGGAUUCAGACAGUGUUUGGUUGAAUAUAGAGCUAAUGAAAUGAAACACCCAGGGACAAGUGAUGAAAUUAAAUUAAAAAUUAAAGAAGCUCUCAAGAACAUUAAUAUAGCAUUGACCACUUUAUUGAUAGGAUACCCUGAAUAUUUAGAAUAUACGUCGCAGAUAGCUUAUAAUUACUUCAGCGUGGGAACGUAUAGUCUUGAUGAGUGCAUCUACAAAUCAAAGGCAGCAUUUCAUUCAAAUUAUCUAAUUGGGCCUGACCACGAGAAUAUCAAUUGAAGAAUUUUCUGGAAUAAUUUCUCAAAAGACCUGGAUUACGCAUUAAUCCCAGUUAGCUGGAUAUUAGAAAGAGAAAUAAAGCACCAAGUAAAUAGGGGAGAAGAAGAAGUUAAAACUUCUAGAAUAGAAGAAUUUUAUAAGCAUAUAUGGCUCAGCAGGGCUAGAUUUAAUUCAUUUAAAGGUAGAGCUGAACUUUUGAAGAAUCUUCAGAAUAAUUUAAAAAUUGAUUAUCAGCUUCUCCAAUGCCAAGAAAGACUUAACCAAAUUUUAAUCUUAAGGGUCUCUGGAUCCCCGCAGCCAGCUUACCCAAAGUUUCCAAAAGGUAUGACUUACGAGAUUGGCCCUUUAGGCUUAGAAGGAUCUGAUAGAUAUUGUAGGGAUCGACUGGUAUUAUUUGGAAAAGAAAUUGAUGAGAAUUACAUAAAUGAUAUAACUCUGCCAAAUGCUACAAGCUUAAAGCCUUUGCAGAUGGCUAUCUAUUGUUCACCUAGGGGGUUUGCUUUGCAAGAUUUCUCAGAACAAGGCACUUAUGUAAAAAUAAAAAAGGAUGAAUUUCGAGAAGUAAAAAAAGGCUUAAUUAUACGUUUAGGAUUUGCUUGAGAAAUUGUGAUAAAAGACUUAGAGUAUCCUUCGAGAGAUCCGUAUUCUAGCUCUUCACUUAAUGAAGGCUGCAACAUUGUUUUAAUUACCCACGGAAAUACUGAAUGCCACGCUCAUAAAAUAUGCAGUAAAGACUUGCCAGAAUUUUAUAUAGGGCGAAACCCUCGGCAAAAUACGAUCACAGUUGAUGAAAAAUCUGUAAGUGGCCAGCAUAUACAGUUUGCAUUUUUUAAUAACAUGUGGAUGAUGAAGGAUUUAAGCUCUAAUGGAGUUUGAAUCAGGGUAGGAAAAUAUCAUGAAAGAGAUGGCCAGGAAGAAAAUUAUAUAUUGGAGCAAAUUCCCAAGGAAAAUAUUCUUCCAAGUCAUUAUUGGAUUCAAAACGAUGAUGUCAUUGCGUUUGGAAAAACAAAAACAGUUUUUGAAUACAAAGUUUGGUGCAUCAUAAAAAGCUUACUCCCCCCCCUCCGUGAGUGAACAAAAAAAAUUUGUUCACUCACGAAGGGGGUUUAAUUUUUUUUUUUUUAAAAUAUAUUUUUUUUUUCGAAAUUUAAAAAAAUCCUAAUUCGCAAAAAUUGGAAAGCAAAUAUUAAUUCAAUUUGCAACAUUUAUGUUUUAAAAAGCAAUUCGUUUAAAAUAAAACAGAAUUAGCUCUAGAUUUCAUUAUACUAAUUAUCAUUUAUAUAUCAAAAUCUUUUUCCAUAAAAAUUUUUCUAUUAAAAAAAUUUUUGUUCACUCACGGAGGGUGGGUUUUUGGGCAAAAAAUAGCGAUUUUUCUAAUGGUUUUGUUCACUCACGGAGGGGGGAGUUAGUUUAA